ACGGCAAUAUACUGACAUGAUCUUCUACUUUCUUGGACAUAAAAUUCUGAUUCUGAGGGCCAAAUAGUUAGUUGAAAAUGUCUUCUCCAAGCAAAAGAAGAGAUAUGGAUGUUAUGAAAUUGAUGAUGAGUGAUUAUACGGUGGAGACAAUUAAUGAUGGAAUUACGGAGUUCAACGUGGAAUUUCAUGGCCCAAAAGAAAGCCUUUAUGAGGGCGGAGUCUGGAAAGUAAGGGUCGAGUUGCCAGAUGCUUAUCCUUACAAGUCUCCUUCCAUUGGGUUUCUCAACAAAAUAUUCCACCCUAAUGUUGAUGAACUGUCUGGCUCAGUCUGUUUGGAUGUCAUCAAUCAGUCAUGGAGUCCUAUGUUUGAUCUCUUAAAUGUAUUUGAGGUUUUCCUACCACAGCUUUUGCUAUAUCCAAAUCCUUCGGAUCCAUUAAAUGGUGAUGCAGCCUCACUGAUGAUGAAGGACAAGAAUCAAUAUGAGCAAAAAGUGAAAGAGUAUUGUGAGCGGUACGCAAAGAAGGAGAACGUCGUUGGCACACCGAAAGAUGAGAGUGAUGAUGGGAUUAGUGAAGAGGAGUACAGUGGACGGAGCGAUAGUGAUGACGAAGUUGUUGGACAUGCUGAUCCCUGAGUGAAUAGACUAGAAUGGAGACUAUGUUUAGUUAAUUUUUCUCCUUACAUGUAAUAUUUGAUUCAUCCUCGCAUGUAAAUCAAGAUGCAAAAGGUAGUUAUAUGUAUGAUGAAUUUCAAUCUGUGUAGAAACUUUCCAUCUUAUGGUUAAUGUAAUCAAUGUGUUAGAAUUCAGGUUCUUAUUUUCA